AUGGGUGGUGUGGUGAUUGUGGUUCUGGUGCUGGCGUAUCUCGCCUGGGUUGCCGGUUCGCAACCCCAGCUGGCGUGGAGUAUGUUUGGUGCGCUUGCUGCGCUUGCGUUGGUCGGCCUAUGGGAUGAUCUCGCUGGUUUGAGUGCACGACUGCGUUUGCUGGUCCACGCAGGGGCCGCCUCUCUGGCCUUAUGGGGGCUGCAGCUUGACCUUGCCUGGUUAUGGCUGGCCUGUAUCUGGCUGGGCUUGAUGUGGUUCAUCAACCUGUACAAUUUUAUGGAUGGCAUAGAUGGCCUGGCGGCCUGCCAGGCACUGGUGUUCUGCCUGGGCAUACAGUGGCUCGCUGUAGGUGUGCCUGGCUGGAGUGGUGAUUUACUGUGGCUGCUGGGUGGCGUGACGCUGGCAUUCUGUGGGUUUAACUGGCCGCCGGCGAAAAUAUUCAUGGGUGACGUGGGUAGCGGCUUUCUGGGCCUGCUCCUGGGCGUGGUUGCACUCUAUGUCUGGCAGAGUUUUGCAGUGCCGCUGGUCGCGAGUUUGAUACUUCUGGCCGUUUUCUGGUUUGACGCCACCUAUACCCUCUGUGUGAGAAUAGCUACGCAACAGGAGUUCACGCAGGCGCAUCGAUCACAUAUGUAUCAGCAGCUUGCGCAGCGUCAGGGCCAUUUAUGGACGACAUCCGCCUUUCUGAUUUUUUCUCUGUGCUGGCUGCUGCCGAUGGCCUGGCUGGCAGUGGAAUUUGCCGACACGUUGUUGUCUCAGGCCAUCGCGGUCAUCACUGACGCGGUGAUGCUGCCGGUUGCCCUGUGGAGCGCCUUUGCUCUGCGCCUGGGGGAAUGGAACCCACAAGUUGUUUCCUAUUGGCCGGCGUUUGUGGUCUGUGUCUGUGUUGCGAUACCGGUGUUUGGCCGCUUGGGUCUAUAUCGUCAGGUCAUCAGAUAUAUGGGCAAUCACGCCAUGGUUGCCGUUGGCGUGGGUACCUUUCUGGCGGCGCUGGCAGUAGCCGUUGUGCCGUUUAUGUUGCAGCUGAAAGGGUUUCCACGCUCUGUGCCGGCCAUUUUCUGGCUGCUGGCGCUGGUUUAUGUGAGUGGCUCGCGUUUUGCGGUGCGCGCGUUUAUUCAACGCCAGGGUAAAGGGCCUGCGCGUCAGCCGGUCAUUAUUUAUGGGGCAGGCAGCAAUGGUGUUGAGUUGUCUCGACUGCUUAAACAGCAGGGUGAGUAUCAGGCGAUCGCCUUCCUGGAUGACAACCGCAAACUGCAACGCAGUUCGAUUGAUGGCGUUUACGUAUACGCGCCCAAGGAUCUGACCCAGCUGUUGCGCGAUACCAAGGCGCGGCAGGUUUUUGUGGCCAUCACCCAGGAUUCUAAAAUACGCCGGGACAUUUUGGAUUUUCUGUCUGAAUUUUCUAUCCGUGUGCGUUUGAUUCCUGACAUCGCGGAUCUCGUCAAUGGUCGAGAAUCGCUGGCUAACCUGCGCGACGUUGGCAUAGAAGAUCUGUUGGGUCGCACUGAAGUCGAAGGUUUACCACACCUGUUAUCAAAAUCAGUGGCGGGUAAAGCCGUGUUGGUCACCGGGGCGGGGGGGUCCAUCGGGUCCGAGUUAUGCCGCCAGAUAUUACAUCAGCAACCCCAGCUGCUGGUCUUGCUCGAUCAGUCUGAGUACGGGCUUUACGAAAUUCAACGCGAGCUGACAGGGCUUGUGUUGCAGGUUGAGAAUCCGCCAACCCUCGUCGCCGUAUUGGGUUCUGUGACGAACAAUGCCCUGUUAAAGCGAGUCUUUGAGCAAUACCAGAUUGAAACGGUAUACCAUGCGGCGGCAUAUAAACACGUCAGUCUGGUGGAAAACAAUGUUAUCCAAGGCUUGAAAAACAACACUUUCGGCACGUUGUACUGUGCCCAGGCGGCAAUGGAUGCCGGCGUUAAUCACUUUAUACUCAUUUCUACCGACAAAGCGGUGCGCACUUCUUCAGUCAUGGGUGCCAGCAAACGCCUUGCAGAGAUGGUUUUGCAGGCCUUGCAGUCUCACAGUAGCCACACGUGCUUCUCCAUGGUGCGAUUUGGUAACGUAUUGGGCUCCUCGGGUUCUGUGGUACCUCUGUUCAGCGAACAGAUCGACAAAGGUGGUCCGUUAACGGUGACUCAUCCUGAUGUCACCCGUUAUUUCAUGUCGAUUCCGGAGGCCGCUCAGUUGGUAUUGCAGGCUGCAAGCAUGUCCGAAGGCGGUGAUAUCUUCCUGUUGGACAUGGGCUCACCAGUCAAAAUACUGGACCUUGCCCACCGGAUGGUGCAUCUCAAAGGCUAUUCGAUAAAAAACGAAGAGAAUCCUGAAGGCGAUAUUGAGAUUCAAUUUACCGGCUUGAAGCCCGGUGAAAAACUGCAUGAGGAAUUGCUGGUCAGUGGUGAUGUGGUGGGCACUGCUCAUCGUAAAAUCAUGCGUGCUCAGGAAGGUCAUCCACCCUGGACUGAACUUCGCGGCGCAUUAAAUACGUUAGAACAGGCUUGUGAUACCUAUGACUAUGAUGCGGUGAAAACUUUCAUUGAGGGGUUGGUGGAAGGCGCAGAUCUUGAAUCUCAGCUGGGUGAUCUAACGCCGCGCGCCGCGGUUGUUGAAAUAAAACCUCGUGCUACGGACGAUCCUGCCAAAAAAACCUGA